CUUCCAAAGACUCAUGUUACAUGAGGAAGCCACCAAGAAGACCAAAGAAAAGGAGAUAAGGAUGGCUCUUCCUCAGGGACGCUUGACUUUCAGGGAUGUGGCUAUAGAACUCUCUUUGGAGGAGUGGAAAUGCCUGAACUCUGCGCAGAGGGCUUUAUACAGGGCCGUGAUGUGGGAGAACUACAGGAACCUGGAGUUUGUGGAUAGCUCUUUUAAAACCAUGAUGGUGUUAUCAUCAACAAGGCAAGGCAAUACAGAAGGGUUCCACACAGGGACAUUGGAAAGACAUGAAAGUCAUCACAUUGGAGAUUUUUGCUUCCUAGAAAUCAAGAAAGAUAUUCAUGACUUUGAGUUUCAGUGGCAAGAAAUUAAAAGAAAUGGCCAAGAAGCACCCAUGACAAAAAUAAAAAAGUUGACUGGUAGUACAGACCAACACGAUCAAAGGCAUGCUGGAAACAAGCCUAUUGCAGAUCAGCUUGGAUCAAGCUUUCAUUCACAUCUGCCUGAACUGCACGUAUUUCAGACUGAAGGGAAAAUUGAUAAACAAGUGGAGAAGUCUAUCAACAAUGCUUCCUUGGUUUCAACAUCCCAAAAAAUUUCUUGUAGGCUCAAAACCCAUAUUUCUAAUAGGUAUGAGAAGAACUUUCUCCAUUCUUCAUCAUUCACACAAAUACAGGAAGAACACAUGAGAGAAAAACCUUUCCAAUGUAAUGAGUGUGGCAAAGCCUUUAAUUAUAGCUCACAUUUAAGGAGACAUCACGUAACCCAUUCAGGAGAGAAACAAUAUAAAUGUGAUGUAUGUGGCAAAGUCUUUCAUCAAAAGCAAUACCUUGCAUGGCACCAUAGAGUUCAUACUGGAGAAAAACCUUACACAUGUAAUGAGUGUUCCAAGACCUUCGGUCACAAGUCAUCUCUUACACGCCAUCAUAGACUUCAUACUGGAGAAAAACCUUACAAGUGUAAUGAGUGUGGUAAGACCUUCAGUCAGACGUCAUCCCUUGUAGGGCAUCGUAGACGUCAUACUGGAGAGAAACCUUACAAAUGUGAAGAAUGUGACAAAGUUUACAGUUGCAGAUCACAACUUGAAACACAUAGGAGAAUUCAUACUGGAGAGAAACCAUACAAAUGUAAGGUUUGUGACAAAGCUUUUAGGCAUAAUUCAUGCCUUUCACGCCAUAACAGAGUUCAUACUGAAGAGAAACCUUACACAUGUAAUGAAUGUGGCAAGGUUUUCCAGCGUGAUUCAUACCUUGCACAACAUCAGAGAGUUCAUACUGGAGAGAAGCCUUACACAUGUAAUCAAUGUGGUAAGGUUUUUAAUCAAAAGGCACACCUUGCAUGUCAUUAUAGACUUCAUACUGGAGAGAAACCUUACAAGUGUAAUGAGUGUGGCAAGACCUUCAGUCAGAAGUCAUCCCUUGUGGGCCAUCGUAGACUUCAUACCGGAGAGAAACCUUACAACUGUCAUGAGUGUGGCAAGACCUUCGCUCGAAAUUCAUCCCUUCUAAUUCAUAAGGCAAUUCAUACUGGAGAGAAACCUUACAAGUGUAAUGAAUGUGGCAAGGUUUUUAAUCAACAAUCAAACCUUGCACAACAUCAGAAAGUUCAUACUGGAGAGAAACCUUACAGGUGUAAUGAAUGUGGCAAGACCUUCAGUCAUAUGUCAUCCUUUGUAUGCCAUCAUAGACUUCAUACUGCAGAAAAACUUUAUAAGUGCAAUGAGUGUGGCAAAGCCUUUAGUGCACAGUCAUCACUUAUUCAUCAUCAAGCAAUCCAUGAUCUAGGGAAACUUUACAAAUGUAAUGAUUCUCACAAAGUCCUCAGUAAUGCUACAAGCAUUGCAAAUCAUUAGACAAUCCAUAAUGAAGAGAGAUUUUACAAGUGUAGUAAAUGUGACAGAUAUUUCAGAUAUUGUUUGUAGCUUGCAGUUCAUCAGCGAACUCAUACUGGAGAGAAACAUUACAAAUGUCAUGAUUGCAGCAAGAUCGUCAAUAAAAAAUCAAACCUUGCAAGUCAUCGAAGAAUUCAUACUGGAGAGAAGCCAUAUAAAUGUAAUGAAUGUGGCAAGGUCUUCAAUACUAUUUCACACCUUGCACAGCAUCGCAGGAUUCAUACUGGAGAGAAACCAUAUAAAUGUAACGAAUGUGGCAAGGUCUUUAAUCAGAUUUCACACCUUGCACAACAUCAAAGAAUUCAUACUGGAGAGAAACCUUAUAAAUGUAAUGAAUGUGGAAAGGUAUUCCAUCAAAUUUCACACCUUGUGCAACAUCGGACAAUUCAUACUGGAGAAAAACCUUACGAAUGUAUCAAAUGUGGCAAGGUGUUCAGUCGCAGUUCCUACCUUGUACAACAUCUGAUCAUUCAUACUGGAGAGAAACCUUACAAAUGUAAUGUAUGUGGAAAGGUCUUCAAUCAUAUUUCACACCUUGCACAACAUCGGAGAAUUCACACUGGAGAGAAACCUUACAAAUGUAAUGAAUGUGGCAAGGUCUUCAGUCACAAGUCAUCCCUAGCAAAUCACUGGAGAAUUCAUACUGGAGAGAAACCUUACAAAUGUAAUGAAUGCGGCAAGGUGUUCAGUCGCAAUUCAUACCUUGCCCAACAUCUGAUAAUUCAUACUGGUGAGAAACCUUAUAAGUGUGGUGAAUGUGACAAAGCAUUCAGUCAAAAUUCACAUCUUGUACAACAUCGCAGAAUUCAUACUGGAGAGAAACCUUACAAAUGUAAUGAAUGUGGCAAAGCCUUCAGUCAAAAUUCAUACCUUGCAUAUCAUCGGAGAAUUCAUACUGGAGAAAAACCUUAUAAAUGUAAUGAAUGUGGGAAGGUCUUCAGUCUAAACUCAUCCCUAGCACAUCAUCGGAAAAUUCACACUGGAGAGAAACCUUACAAAUGUAAUGAAUGUGGCAAAGCUUUUAGUAUGCGUUCAAGCCUUACUAAUCAUCAUGUGAUCCAUACUGGAGAGAAACCUUUCAAAUGUAAUGAAUGCGGCAAACUCUUCCGCGACAGUUCGUAUCUUGUAUGUCAUCAGAGAUUUCAUGCCAGAGAGAAAUCUAACAAAUGUAAUUAAUGUGGCAGAGUGUUCAGUUAGCAUUAAAGCCUUGCAAGACAUACAAUAAUUUAUACUGGAGAAAAACUUCGCAAGUAUAACGAAUGUAACAGAGCCUUUAGUUUUUGUUCAAGGCUUAAUAACCAUUAGCUAGACCAUAGAGGACAGAAACUUUACUAAUGUAUUGAAUGUGGCAAGGCCUUAAGGUAAAAUCUGAGAUCAGGAUUUUUCAAAGAAUUCUUGCUGGUGAGAAACCUAACAAAUGAAUGUGGCAAGGUCUUCUGGCACAAUUCUCACAUUGUACAAUAUUGCAAAAAUUCAUACUUUAGAGAGACAAAAACACAGAGUGGGAAACCAUUAUGACUUCAAACAUUCAUCAACAGAGAAUCCAUACUAAAGAGCAUUUAUGAUAAUUAUAUAUGAUAGAGAUUUUCGGCAGGCCACAGUCUUACUAGGCAUCAAAAACUUUUGGAUGAAACCAUACAAAUGUAAUGUGCAUGCUUAGGCUUUUACCCAGGCAUCAAAACUGGAACAUCACAGGGUUUAUACUGGAGAGUAACUACACAAACAUAAUGAAUGUAAUAAGCCUUUCAGUGUAAUAUUCAUGAUUUUGUCAUGAGAGAUCUACUCAAUAAAAACCAAGCAAAUGUA